CUCGGGUGUUGGUUACACUGCUGGGGUUCACGACACGAUACGAUAUCCACCAUAUGUUGGCUGCCAUAUUUGGUAGGAAUAUGGGGUGUUCUGGCGUUUAGCUAUGGUUGAGUACAUUUGUGUACUGAAACGUCCUGAGCCGCUGAGCGUCCUACAAAAUUGCAAAGACCACUCAACUUCGCACGCAGAUCAACAGCAUUGCCGGACAAGCCAACAGCACAGGGUGUCUGUGCCGACUUCAGCCCAAGAGAAACCAAUAAGAAUCGCGGGCCGAUCCUUAUGGCCAUAUUCCGUAUCCUGCUUGAAUUAUUGCGAAUCACAUUUCAGAUCGAGACUACAACUUCCAUUUUCAGUGACCAUUACUCAUGUUAAGCUGCCGAAUCUCCGGAAUAGAACUCCUGGAUUCUUGAACUGCGCUACAAGAAUACAGUACAAUGCUCCUUGGACUUGGCGCAUCCCCACAGUCUGCCUAAUGGUUACAGUUGAAGCGGAACAACAACGUAGUCUUCUCCAGCUUCUCGCAAGUGCUGUUUCGCUGAAGAAGACACACGUAGAAAGGGCUGCGAGAGUGUAUGCCCUCGCGUGCACGAACGAGUCGAUUCAAGGCCGAUCGCCGAGUAGUUAGCGAACGAGCAUGGAGCGACAGGAGAGCAGUUGAUUCGGUAGGCUACGAUGCAGAAUUGAACGCUUCCUCCCUGCGCUCC